AGUCUUUUAUACCGUAAAUCGAGUCUGGGCCAAACAUCGCUUCAGCAGAAUUUAUCACAGAGACAGUUGAUAAGUUUUCAUUGAGUGUGCCACACCGAAAUGUUGAUCAAGUCGAUAAUUUUGCUAUUGUCUGUAUGUUGGUGUGCCUACAGCGCCAUCGCAUCUCCUGUGUCCAAAAAAGAAGAAAAGCGUACCGAAGCCAACGUACUCUACGACCAGCGACAAGAAGGAGAAUGGAAUGUUAGAGCUCACUUAGAUAACUUUCUUAUCAUGAUCGUUCCAACACAAACAGUUGCGACAGCAGCCAGCCCGAGUCUUCUAGAUUUCCUGUCAAAAUCUUUACCCAAAGGAAGCCACAUCAAGAGAAUUAAAAAUUUCAAAAAACAUCCUGUCUCUGAAUUACCACAAGAAAGUCAAGCUUUGGAGACACAACAUUUUAUAGAAUCCAAGACAGCACCGUACCACGUUGAUUUAACCAAGCCUAGUGCUGAUAUUAAGCCAACACCCAGUGAUGAUGUUGUUUUAGCGAACUCACCCAGUCUUAAAGUGAUCAAGCCUGAAGGGAAACUUAAGAGGUCAACAAGAUUUGCAAGAACCUACAUUAUAUCGAUUCCUUCCGAAACAGAGUACAUUUCAAGGAAAUACGCCGAACCAAAAUCAGCGCUUAGGAAACACAAAAAAACUAUCAAAGAAAAAUCAAAAGCAGAACUGAAACUAUUGGGAUCAGAACUUGAGCAGUGCGGACCUGGAAUGGUCAGAGAUUCCUAUGGAGUAUGUACUACUCUAAAGCAUUAAUUUAUACUGUGAACUUUUAUUUAUUUUCUAUUGUUAGUGAUAUUUUAAAUUAAUAAACAAAUUAUUAAAGUUA